ACUGGACACCGGGAAGGACAGGAGUCAGCAAGGCCAGAGUGGAAGCAAAAUGACAGCUACUCAGAAACACAGCCUCUUCACGCCAGAGCCGCACUAUAUCCCUGGCUAUGCCGGCUUCUACCCGCAGCUGCGCUUCCAGGUGGGGAACACCUACGGGCGCACCACGGGCCAGCUGCUCACAGACCCCAGCGUGCAGAAGAGCCCCUGUUCUGUGCUGUCCCCCAUGUCCAAGCCUAAGUUCAUUGAGGACUUCAGCCAGUCCAGGCCCCCCCGGGUUCCCUGCCGAGACCUGACUGAGCCCUACGUUCCCCACUACACCAGUCUGAAGCCCUACAAGAACUUCGAGAUCCGGGGCCAGCUGCCACCCCUGGAUGUGGACGCCCCAGAGCCGCCAGGGGUAGAGAACAUAUCCAGACACCUGCUGCUGCCUGCCGGUGUCAUGCCUUGCCCCCCCCACCCCCUGUGCCCACCAGGCAGGAAGGGGGACUCCAGAGGCUCGGGACACCCAGGCCUGUGGCUGGCCUUGGAGGAAGAGGCCUGGAGGAACGCCGCCCCUGUCUGUGAGGCCCCCAGGCACCAGCAGCUGUACCACUGCCGGAGGGAUGAGUACCCCCCCCACACUCACCAGCAGGAGACACUAGAUGUGUGUAAGUUCCAGCGCCUGCCACAGCUGGACCACCCCAACCUAAUCCAACGGAAGGCCAUCUCAGGCUAUACUGGCUUCAUUCCCCGGUUCUCCUGGGUAAUGGGGGUCAAUUACCGAGACGGUGUCACACAGGCCAUGGACGAGUUUGACAAGAGCCAGUUCCUAUUCAGAAACCCCCACUGCGACCUGGGCGAGAAGCUGCCGGAAACACACUGGCCCAACCACCACAUCUACAGCAACCAAGGCCUGAUCCCCUUCUACAUGGGGUUCAUCCCCUCCAUGCAGGACAACUACGCGCUGACGUUCGGCAACAGCACCCGGAAGGCCUACUGGAAGGAACAGGCGCGGCGAGACCACACGCUAUGAAAAAGCUUUAAUGGUGGUGUCUGUACAGCAUGGAAUAUGGAAGGGAAAACAGCAGGUGCACACACAGCGGGACAGGCCAGAGGACAGGCUGGGAGUGAAUAAAGAGUUCACACUGCUUCCCUGCUUUCCCGGUGACUGGAGGCUCUAGGCCACCUCCUCCUCGGCCUCCUCCUCGAACUCGCCCUCCUCCUCGGCCGUGGCGUCCUGGUACUGCUGGUACUCGGACACCAGGUCGUUCAUGUUGCUCUCGGCCUCGGUGAACUCCAUCUCGUCCAUGCCCUCGCCCGUGUACCAGUGCAGGAAGGCCUUGCGCCGGAACAUGGCAGUGAACUGCUCCGAGAUGCGCUUGAACAGCUCCUGGAUGGCCGUGCUGUUGCCAAUGAAGGUGGCGGACAUUUUUAGCCCCCGGGGUGGGAUGUCACAGACAGCCGUUUUCACGUUGUUGGGGAUCCACUC